UAACGAUGACAGGAUGUCGAGCGUGGAGGAUAAUUUUACUCGUUGUUACAUGGAAAACGAUCGCAAAUGCAAACACGAACGUCGCGCAAAUUCAUUCAAAUGACGAAGACAAGAAACCGUUCGAGCAGAACAAAUACAUUUAUUCCUGGACAGGGCCAAAUGCGUUGGCCAGGUCGGCCUUGGUCGAGAGACAGGAAAGGCUGCAAUAUAAUUGCGAGCUUGAAAGUAGCGAAGUUGAUAUCACUGCGUUAAAUCCAGAAUUGUUCCGAAAUAUCCUUGUGGACGAAUUGCACGAAUUGCUCUAUUGCUACGUACCGAAGGUGGCUUGCACAAAUUGGAAGCGCGUACUAAUGAUUGCGACCGGAAAAUGGUCUGGUAACGAUCCUUUAGAAAUACCGGCUGAUCAAGCUCAUUCCCCCGGCACUUUUCAACGAUUGAACAAUUACACCUUGCUCGAGAUAGAGAAGAAAUUGGCUACGUAUGACAAGUUAAUUGUCGUGCGACAUCCUCUGGAAAGGCUUCUAUCGGCCUAUCGAAAUAAAUUGGAGACCAAACAUGAGAAAAGUGCGAGAUAUUUCCAGACUCGCUUCGGCAAGAAAAUCGUCAAGAAGUACAGGCCGAACGCAACCGAGGAGUCUUUAAGGAACGGUGACGAUGUGACGUUCCGCGAGUUCGUUGAUUUUGUUACCGACGAUGCCGAGAAUGGAACUCGGAAUGAACAUUGGAGACCGAUAUAUGAUCUAUGCCAACCAUGCAUAGUUAAUUACAAUCUCAUAAGCAAGUAUGAGAGUUUGGUCGAGGAUGCCACGGAAGUUCUUGAACGGAUAGGUGUCACCUCUGUAAAUUUUCCAGCUAGAUCGCCAAGCAGCGAGCCGACAUCAAGAAAAUUGGACAGAUACUACUCUGCCUUGAGCUACAAACAGCUUCGCAAGUUAGCAGAUCUAUAUAAAUUAGAUUUAAGGCUGUUUGACUACUCAUUGGAAGACGUGUUGGGAUUUUCCUUGGCUUAAGGUCAUUAAUAUUAAGAAGCAAACGUACAUACAUAAUACGAGUAAAGCUUGUGGCACAUAAAAAGAGCAGUAUAACAAGACGUAAACAGUAACAA